AGAGUUUGAGGAAGUGGCACUGGGCUGGCAAGUUUAAGUUUCCCGCAUUUUAAUGUCUUCGCGGGUGGUGCUCGAGCCCCCCCAGUUUUGCCCCCCCAGUCCCCAAGUCCCCCCGGCCCAGGGGACCACUCCCCCGCUGACAGUUGCUUACAGAGGUAGCACUGCAGCUUCAGUAUGAGCUGGUCACCCUCCCUACCAACUCAGACAUGUGGAGCCUGGGAAAUGAAAGAACGACUUGGGACAGGGGGAUUUGGAAAUGUCAUUCGAUGGCAUAAUCAGGAAACAGGUGAGCAGAUUGCCAUUAAGCAGUGCCGGCAGGAACUCAGCCCCCGGAACCGUGAGCGUUGGUGCCUGGAGAUCCAGAUCAUGAGAAGGCUGAACCACCCCAAUGUGGUGGCUGCCCGGGAUGUCCCUGAGGGGAUGCAGAACCUGGCCCCCAAUGACUUGCCCCUGCUGGCCAUGGAGUACUGCCAAGGAGGAGACCUCCGAAAGUACCUGAACCAGUUUGAGAACUGCUGUGGCCUACGGGAAGGAGCCAUUCUCACCUUGCUGAGUGACAUUGCCUCUGCGCUUAGAUACCUUCACGAAAACAGAAUCAUCCACCGAGAUCUAAAACCAGAAAACAUCGUACUACAGCAAGGAGAGCAAAGAUUAAUACACAAAAUUAUUGAUCUGGGAUAUGCCAAGGAGCUGGAUCAGGGCAGUCUAUGUACCUCCUUUGUGGGGACCCUGCAAUACCUGGCCCCAGAACUGCUGGAGCAGCUGAAGUACACAGUGACUGUGGACUACUGGAGCUUUGGCACCUUGGCUUUCGAGUGCAUCACCGGCUUCCGUCCGUUCCUCCCCAACUGGCAGCCUGUGCAGUGGCAUUCCAAAGUCCGGCAAAAGAGUGAGAUGGACAUUGUUGUCUUUGAAGACUUGAAUGGAGCAGUGAAGUUUUCCAGCUCUUUACCCUACCCCAAUAAUCUUAACAGCGUCUUGGCACAACGCCUGGAGAAGUGGCUGCAGCUGAUGCUGAUGUGGCAGCCCCGGAAGAGGGGCACUGACCCCAAGUACGGGCCCAAUGGCUGCUUCAAGGCCCUGGAUGACAUCUUAAACUUGAAGCUAGUUCAUAUCUUGAACAUGGUCACUGGCACUAUUCACACCUAUCCAGUCACAGAGGAUGAGAGUCUGCAGAGUUUAAAAGCCAGAAUCCAGCAGGACACAGGAAUCCCCGAGGAGGACCAGGAGCUGCUGCAGGAAGCAGGCCUUGCCCUGAUCCCUGACAAGCCAGCCACACAGUGCAUCUCUGAUGGCAAGCUAAAUGAGGGCCGCACAUUGGACAUGGACCUUGUUUUUCUGUUUGACAACAGUAAAAUUAACUAUGAGACACAGAUCUCCCCACGGCCCCAACCUGAAAGUGUCAGCUGUAUCCUUCAAGAACCCAAGAGGAACCUCGCUUUCUUCCAGCUGAGGAAAGUGUGGGGCCAGAUCUGGCACAGCAUCCAGACACUGAAGGAGGACUGCAACCGGCUCCAGCAGGGACAGCGAGCUGCCAUGAUGAAUCUCCUUCGGAAUAACAGCUGCCUCUCCAAGAUGAAGAAUUCCAUGGCUUCCAUGUCUCAGCAGCUCAAGGCCAAGUUGGAUUUCUUUAAAACCAGCAUCCAGAUUGACCUGGAGAAGUAUAGUGAGCAAACUGAGUUUGGGAUCACAUCAGAUAAACUGCUGCUGGCCUGGAGGGAAAUGGAACAGGCUGUGGAACAAUGUGGGCGGGAAAAUGAAGUAAAACAUCUGGUGGAACGAAUGAUGGCCCUGCAGACGGACAUUGUGGACUUGCAGAGGAGCCCAAUGGGACGGAAGCAGGGGGGCACACUGGAUGACCUAGAAGAGCAAGCAAGGGAGCUUUAUAGGAAACUGCGAGAAAAACCAAGAGACCAACGCAAUGAAGGUGAUAGUCAGGACAUGGUCCGCCUGCUGCUUCAAGCAAUUCAAGGCUUUGAGAAGAAAGUACGAGUGAUUUAUACACAGCUCAGUAAAACUGUGGUUUGCAAGCAGAAGGCUCUGGAAUUGCUGCCUAAGGUGGAAGAGGUGGUCAGUUUGAUGAACGAAGAUGAGAAGACUGUUGUUCGUCUUCAGGAGAAGCGACAGAAGGAGCUCUGGAAUCUGCUAAAGAUUGCUUGUAGCAAGGUCCGUGGGCCUGUCAGUGGCAGCCCAGAUAGCAUGAACGCUUCACGCCUUAGUCACCCAGGUCAGCUCAUGUCUCAACCUUCCACAGCCUCCAACAGCUUACCUGAGUCAGUGAAGGAAAGUGAAGACCUGGUGGCUGAAGCACACUCUCUCUGCGCACAGCUGGAAAACGCAAUGCAGGACACCAUGAAAGCACAGGACCAGAGCUUAAGGUGUCUAGACUGGAGCUGGUUACAGACGGAAGAGGAAGAGCAGAACAACCUGGAGCAGGCGCCAUGACUCCGAGUGACCCUGACCCCUGAGACAGGGCUGCCUGUCCAGAGGCUCUCCACAGUGGCCUUUGCUGUCAUGAUGUCCCUUUGGACUUUACACCCAAAUGGAGGUCUUCUCGAUACCCCAGCAGCUGCGGCUGACACCACUGACCAAAGGUGUGGCUCUCUGUGGGCACGGCCAGCCGUCUGCGUACACACUGGAUGCUUCCACCCGGAGAGCAGCACACACUGAAACCAGGCAUGCACACUCAGGAGACCAUGCCAUAGUGCUGCUUCCUCUGCUCUCAAAGAAGUGCUUAAGGUACAGACUAAUGGACAAAUACCUAAGGUGACUCUUUUAGGACAACAUCUGAAUGGCACGUGGUGCCUGCCCAUCCUUCCCUGACCCCAAGAGGCUCUGAUCCACCUGUCCACCUGCGAGUGUCUCGCCUAGAUCCGCCUUCUCUAAAGUAGACUUCGAAACUGUAAAUGUGCCCUGGCCCCAUCCUCUCUCUUCCUCUUCUCACCUCACUGCUGCUAAAGAUGUUCCUUUUCCUGAGGACUUUGAUGGUUAGCCUCCUUGGGCAGGACCGCAAGUGAAGUCUAAAUAUCUCCUACCUAUAGUCCUUUCAGCUACAGAGAGAUUACCCAAAAUCAGAAGAGAAGAACCACCCCCUCUCCCAUCUCUCAUGCCAGAGAUGCCCUGGGGUGUGUUGUCAGGAAGAAAAAGGAGAGAAGAAAAGGUGUCUGUCAACCACCAGCCUGCCGACCACUGUGCCUGCAUCUGUCCUCACUCACAAGCAUCCAUGUGUGAUGGAAGUAUGGGGCUGCCUGUCUCUCGUACCAUGGAACAGUAUUAUCAAAUCAAUGUGUUUAAAAAAUAAUAAUAAUAGCAGUUGUUCUAUAUUGUAACAUGAUCCAGACACUUGAAUGCCUAUGGUUCUAUUAAAUGCCUAUGGUUAGUGAUGAAUUCAAAAUUCUCCUUAAUGGAAAAUUUUAUGACAUUGAAUCAUGGCUCAUUCAGACAGUGCCGUAGUACUGUAUAGCACUACCUGAAACAUCUCACAAACAGCUCCUUUAAAUAAAAGCAGAAAAGCAACAUGAAUUCAGACAAUCACAAAUAGGUGAGUUUGAUUACCAAAGAAUGUUGGAGUGUUUAUAAAGUGACUUCCAAGGAGACCAUAUCAAAGGUUCCAUGGUCAAGUGAAUCGCUUCAUUCUAUAAUUGCCUCUUGGAGAGUCAAGAUUGUACACUGGUAUAUUCAGAGCAUCUAUAAGUCUCACAAUUAUAAAUAAUAAGGUGUUUUACAAGGUAACUUCCAGGGAGACCAUAACAGGAGUUCCAUGGUCAAGUGAAAUGCUUCAUUCUGUAACUGCCUCUUGGAGGUGCAGAUUGUACACUGGUAUAUGCAACGUUAUCUGUAAGUUUUACAAUAAUAAACUGUCUACACUUUGUGUAAAGCCA